AUGCCACCAGCGGCAGAUCAAGACCCGUCUCAGCAACUUCUUCCUGGCAACUCUGCAAUUCGGACCACUUGCAGUGCGCUUGAACUAGGGCCCCGAAAGAAACCAGGUGUCACAGAUCCUCUUGUACACCAUGGCCGUCACUUCGGUCGAACCGUCCACGCGUUCUGCAACAUCCGAACACUUAUCAACAAUGGUAUCUUACGACUGGGAGAGCUAGCAGAUCAGCCAGAUGAAUCCUUCAGCGCCGAGGAGCGGCGAGAGCACAAAAUAUUUCUUGCCCUCUUGCAAUCUGUUGUGGGCCUAGAAGAGCGCCUGUUGACUGGAUCCGAGGAAGAAACUGGUUUCAUUGCAGAACUUCUUCGCAGAGGUGCCUCCGGGGCUCGGGGUGAUGAUACGAAGAGUUUGAAAGGCGCCAUACUCGAAUGGAUUACACCAAAGGGUGAAUCAUUGAAUCCGCCCCUGGCUCGAAAUAUGAAACUCGACCGAGGUUUCCACCAUGAGUGUACUGGAGCUCUUCUGUGUCCUACGAAUCUCGAUUGGUCAGAUCCAGAGACCAAGGAGCGACUGCGAAGUGGCGAACAGCUUGUCACCGGGGAUCAGUGGCCCAUUUUUCUUUACGCUGGUUGCAACUUCGAUCCUGAAGAACCAUGGAACGGUCUGCUCCGCAACAGGCUCUUAAUUUACGCCUUUAAACAUGUCUUUACAUCUCCAAGCUCAGUCGAUAAAGAACCCAAAGCGACAAGAUCGGGAAACGCGCGAAUUCACGGUAUGAGGUGUGUUACCGCCGGAUCAAUUGCAUACAUUGCAACACAGGUUCGCUUCGCACUGUGUUCCUCACCAGUUUUCUCUCGAACAGACAUGAUAACCGAUUCAGAAAGAUUUUUUUCCUCGAUCCUUGAACUCUUGGAGGACCCUCGCGAGGCGCAAGAGGUGCAUGACCUGUACAUUUGGUGGAACCGCCAAGUGUUUCCAUCUUACUCAUCAGCGCAGCGCAUAGUUACUAAAGACAGUGCCUUAGCCAAGAUUCAGGAGAAGCGACGCCGUGUCUUGACGACAUCCAGCAUUUGUUGA